CUUCGUUACAUUUAUAAUCAACCCAAAGUUAUUUAAAAUCUCUAUCUCCGAUGAUCAUCAAUUUAAACUAAAUUCCAGUACCUCUCUCAGAGAAUAGAAUUGUCAUACAUACCAGAAUAGUCUCUCACUAUUUCCAUUUAUCAGCUACGAAAGGCGUUUGAGAAUGUUUUAUAAUUAUCAAUGAAACUUCAUUUACUCGUGUUGAUUUACAUUUCGUUCAAUAUUCUUGCUCAGUCACGACACGAUAAGUCAAGUAGUUUAGUCGCAUUUCGGUGUUUACUACAAUUUUUAAAAGAAAAAGAGACAAUUUGUAAGGAAGUGGUGCAGAAAAUAAGAAAUGAUUUAAGAGAGAAUCCAACGGAGAAAGAACAAGCAAUGACUGAACUUAAUUUAAAAACAAAACUUACACCCGCUGAAAAAUUCAUUGUGGUCUUUGGAAUUACGCUUUUUGGAAUAUGUGCAUCGACGCUGAUAGGAAAGAAUCUUCCGAUUCAAGUGCUUUUAUCAGCACUGAUUCUUUACCUUAUCACGGGUCGACGUCCGACAAUUGUUUACGCAUCUGUAAUGAAAUGUCGCCGUGAUUUCACGGGAGCAACGCGCUUCAGCAAGAUGUUAAUAACAUUAAAAUUAUGGGAGAUGUCAAAUGAGUCGGUACCGAGUCUAUUUCGUAAACAAGCAGCUACUCGCAAAAAUAAAAAUGCCUUUCUCAUUGAUGAUAAGACUAUCACUUUCCAAGAGAUUGAAGACUUCAGCAACAAAAUAGGACGAUACUUCCAAGAUAUGGGCUUUGAGAAAGGAGACACAAUCUCACUUUUGAUGGAGAACAGACUCGAAUUCAUUCCAACAUGGCUGGGACUUUCAAAAAUCCGUGUUAUUACUGCUUUAAUUAACACAAAUUUAAGAAAGGAAGCUUUAAUUCAUUGCAUUCGUGUUGCACAAUCAAAAGCAAUCAUUGUCAGUUCUGAAUUAGCUGAUGCCAUCAAGGAAAUCUACACAGACGAAGACAUUAGCAAAUUAAAAGUUUAUGUCUACGAUGAGAAUGGAAUUGUUCCAUUAGACAGCAUGUAUGUCAAUCUUUAUCAAAAAUUAGAGACAGUUUCAGCAGAAACACUUGAAAUAGUUGAAGGAUCAUGCAAAGAUAAGCUUAUAUACAUCUACACCAGUGGUACAACAGGCCUUCCAAAAGCUGUCAACAUUACACACAUCAAAUACAUGUACUUUGUGUGCACGACUAACAAGAUUCUCGGUUAUGGAGAGUCAGAUUGUAUUUACACAUCGCUUCCUUUGUAUCAUUCAGCUGGUGGAAUCGUUGGAACUGGAAAUACCGUUCUUUUUGGAGUCACUGUAGCACUCAGAAAGAAGUUUUCAGCCUCAAACUUUUGGACAGACUGUAAGAAAUAUAAUUGUACGGCAGCACAAUACAUUGGUGAACUAUGCAGAUAUCUACUUAUGACACCUAAGAAGCCAAGUGAUACGGACCAUAAGCUUAAAUUCAUGAUUGGAAAUGGUCUGCGCCCAGAGAUUUGGACACAGUUUGUCGAAAGAUUUAAAAUUCCAACAAUUGUCGAGAUUUAUGGUGCAACAGAAUCAAAUGCAAACUUCGGGAACUUUGACAAUACAGUUGGUGCCAUUGGAUUUACGCCACAAGCCUUAGCAUGGUUACUUGCUGUAGAACUCAUAAAAUACGAUGAAGUCACUUAUGAGCCAUUAAGGGAUGCAAAUGGAUUCUGCAUUCGAUGCAGCUAUGGCGAACCAGGUAUUCUGAUUGGAAAGAUUAGAGUCAAUAAUGCCGUUCAAUCAUUUAGUGGAUAUUCUGACAAGAAAGCUUCUGAGAAGAAAAUUUUUAAGGAUGUCUUUAAAACCGGCGACAUGUUUUUCAAUUCCGGUGAUAUUCUUGUUAUGGAUGUUUAUGGGUACUUCUACUUUAAAGACAGAGUUGGCGAUACUUUUAGAUGGAAAGGAGAGAAUGUGUCAACAACAGAAGUUGAAGGAGCUAUUGUUCGUGCAGCUAAACUUUCUGACUGUGUUGUUUAUGGAGUUAAUAUUCCCGGUGCUGAUGGCAAAGCUGGUAUGGCAACAAUUGCCGAUGCUGAUCAUAAAGUUGAUCUCGAUAAUCUUGCUAAUGAACUCAAAGAGAGCCUACCUGCUUACGCGAGACCAAUUUUCAUUCGUUUAGGCACAAAUCUCGAUAUAACUGGUACAUUUAAGCUCCGCAAAGUUGAUUUACAACGAGAUGGAUUUGAUAUUACUAAAAUUAAUGAUGCAAUUUAUUUGAUGCAACGAGAUGGUUCGUAUAAGAGGAUGACUGUAGAUGACUAUCAGCUGAUUCAGCAAGGUGGUUUGAGACUGUAGUGACAAAGUGCUUUCCAAAAAAAAUGUUAUGUACAAAGCAUUAAGAUACUUUUCAAAUAAAAAACUUAAUUACUGUUAGAUGUUCUCG